AUGGCCGACGAAGAAGUUCAAGCCCUUGUUGUUGACAAUGGAUCAGGGAUGUGCAAAGCUGGAUUCGCUGGUGAUGACGCACCAAGAGCAGUGUUCCCCUCCAUCGUUGGACGACCUCGACAUCAAGGUGUGAUGGUCGGUAUGGGUCAAAAAGACAGCUACGUCGGUGACGAAGCACAAUCGAAACGUGGUAUUCUCACACUGAAAUACCCAAUCGAACACGGUAUUGUGACGAACUGGGAUGAUAUGGAGAAGAUCUGGCAUCACACAUUCUACAAUGAAUUGCGUGUGGCUCCAGAAGAACACCCGGUCCUGUUGACCGAGGCUCCAUUGAAUCCGAAAGCCAAUCGUGAGAAGAUGACCCAAAUCAUGUUUGAGACAUUCAACACACCAGCCAUGUACGUGGGCAUUCAAGCUGUACUGUCACUGUACGCAUCGGGUCGUACAACUGGUAUUGUGUUGGACUCUGGUGAUGGUGUGACACACACUGUGCCGAUCUACGAAGGUUAUGCCCUACCACAUGCUAUCCUGCGUCUGGAUCUGGCUGGUCGUGACUUGACUGACUACUUGAUGAAGAUUUUGACGGAACGUGGUUACAGCUUCACGACCACAGCUGAGCGAGAAAUCGUGCGUGACAUCAAGGAGAAAUUGUGUUAUGUGGCUCUUGACUUUGAACAGGAAAUGGCCACUGCCGCAUCCAGCUCAUCUCUGGAGAAGAGUUACGAACUGCCUGAUGGUCAGGUGAUCACGAUCGGUAACGAACGAUUCCGUUGUCCUGAGGCGUUGUUCCAGCCAAGUUUCUUGGGUAUGGAAUCUGCUGGUGUUCAUGAGACCACAUUCAACUCAAUAAUGAAAUGUGAUGUGGACAUCCGUAAAGAUCUGUACGCGAACACUGUGUUGUCAGGUGGUACAACAAUGUUCCCAGGUAUUGCUGAUCGUAUGCAGAAAGAGAUCACUGCAUUGGCGCCGAGCACAAUGAAGAUCAAGAUAGUUGCUCCACCUGAGCGAAAAUAUUCCGUUUGGAUUGGUGGUUCUAUUUUGGCCUCAUUGUCUACGUUCCAACAGAUGUGGAUUUCCAAACAAGAAUAUGAUGAAUCUGGUCCUGGUAUUGUUCACCGUAAAUGCUUCUAA